UAUUUAAUUUUGCAAUCUUACACUAACGCGAGCAGCAUGACCUAGCAGUAAAGAAUGAAUAGGCAGGUUUGGUACGUGCGGUGUAAACAACUGUUCUGAACUUUACACACGCCAAAAAAGCACAAACUAACACUUGUCCAAUGAUGCUGGAAACGUACAACACCAAAUCAAGUCUGUCAAGUCACUCAGAAAAAGGAAAACAUUUUUACAAAUUCAUACCGGGCUCUUUUCUACGGCUACGCAGUCCUCCAUGUUGAAUUUGACCAACAGACGCUGACGUACUGACGUAAAACGUUGGACAGCGGCGUUAGCGGGCCUUCUGGGUUUUCUGGACUGAGCAAUUUAAAAAUGAACUGGCUACUAAGGAUUUUCCUGAUUCAUCUCCUAGUUUCAGGUGUGAGCUCAGUGGUCAGUAUAGAGCAGCCGUCCACCCUCACCACUUCCUUGGGCCAAAAUGUCACCCUUCCUUGUACUCUCAAAAUUUCCAGUGACCACAGAUUAACCAGCGAGCCUAUUCUAUACUGGGAGCUUCUGACGCGGGGUCGUCUGUGGCCCCCUUUAAGGAAGGACCAAGGACGGAUGCAGCGCCCAGAGUCUGGGAAUUGGUCCAUACUUUUAAAACAUGUCCAAUGGGAAGAUGGAGGACAGUACCAGUGCAAAUUAUCACUGACCACGCAAAAUGAGAAGAGCUUCAGAGUGAAAGGGAGAGGAACGGAGCUGCUACUUUAUGAUCAAAUAUUGUUUCAACCCUCUGAUCUCAACGCCAGCCUGCUGCAGUGCCAGGUCAAUGUGUCCAAGCUUUCAGGGUUUGAUCUGUCCAUUUCUCAGAGUGGUCAAAUCCUCAAGUCCACAGGGAGAAACAGCACAUCUUUACAUUACGUCACCCUGUUCCAGACCGUCACCCUUCGGAGUCACAGGCCAUAUGAGUGCAAGCUCCACUUUAAUGGGGAACUGGUUACUACGAGUAUCUUUCAGGAUGAGUCAGGACCCUCUUCGCCAGAUGAGGAGUAUCACCGGCCUUGGAUCUUGUAUGGGGGACUAAUCCUGGUCCAAGUGGUCUGCCUUUUAGUUAUGACCAUUGCGAUGUUCUAUCAACUACUUAUGGAGCGUACAAUAUGUAUUAUCACCAUUAGCUGUCUGUCUUACUGAUGUCCUUUGAUGUUCCUUUAAAGUGGUCAACGUAACAUUUGUAGUGAAGGGUCCGCUACCUGCUUGUCUCCAAGGAGAUGUUAUUGCUUUACCUGGAAUGUUCCAUGUUAUGACAUUAACCAUAUUCAUCUAGCAUUUAUUCAUUAUGGGUGUUUCUAUUGCUCAAAAAUACAAUAAUUCCUCUUAUGAAUAGAGCUGACUCUCCACAGAUCGGAAUUGUAAUGUAGCAUAGUUCUAUAAGCUGCUUGUCUCCCUCAUGAUAGAUAGGUUUAAUCUAUAUUGUGGAACAUUCUAGACAAAGCAAUAACAUUUCCAUGGAGACAAGCAGGUGGCAAAUGUUACACAGUGCACCUUUAAGGAAUAUCA